CUACGCGGAUUGGCUGAGUCUCCUCGGCCACAAGCCCUCCGCCCAGGCUGGGCAUUGGGCGCAUUGGCGACCAAUCCACGAAGCUCUUGCUGCGGAGUGGCUGGCCCACCGACGGCCGGAAACGCGAGGGCGCGUCUUUCCCUGGUUGGUUUACACAGUUCAGGUCUGGGGGUUGGUGUUUGAUCUGACCCAGGUCGAAAGAGAGAAGAGGCCUGCGGGCCGAGCUCGGGAGCCAUCAGCCCAGGUUCGGUGAGCGUUUCCAGUUGGCGCCGCCAGCGCGGGAUUCUUUGGGUCCGGGAUCUUUCAGGAGCUGCCUUCUGCAGAGCCCAGCAUGGGUUUCCUGACCGCCGUUACUCAAGGCCUGGUGCGGGGAGCGGAUAGGAUGAGCAAGUGGACCAGCAAGCGGGGACCACGCACCUUCAUCAAGAGCCGGGGUGCCAAGAGAACGGGCAUCUAUACCUCUAGUGGGAAGUUUGUGCAGGUGAAGGAAAUGAUCCCAGAGUUUGUCGUCCCGGACUUGACUGGCUUCAAACUCAAGCCUUAUGUUAAUUACCGAGCUCCUGCAGGCAUAGACACACCCCUGACCGCCAAGGCGCUCUUCCUGCAGACAGCUGCGCCUGCUAUUGAAAAAGACUUUAAAGAAGGGACUUUUGAUCCUGAUAACCUGGAGAAAUACGGCUUUGAGCCCACACAGGAAGGCAAGCUCUUCCAAUUGUAUCCUAAGAAUUUCCCACGCUAGGAGACCGUGACAGUGACCAAAAGUUUGCCUGCAAAGUGGAGACAAUACAAGCCUUGGGUUCUGAAUGUCUCAAAGAGUAGGGGCAGCUUCCUUGUGCAUUUCUAUUAAAGGCCUUUAGUAUCUCA